AUGACCCCACCUGCAGCAGGAGUUUCAAUGACCUUGCCGGCAGUCGGUGCUAGCAAUAAUGGGAUAAGGGGGGUCAUGUCGAGGCGAGUUGUGCCUGGCCAUGGCAACCUCUGUUUCUGUUGUCCUUCUCUACGGACAAGAUCAAGACAACCAAUCAAACAUUACAAGAAAUUUCAUAAUCUGUGCAUGUUAUUGUUAAACAACCAGGACGCUGAACCUAAUGAUAGGAAAAUUGGGAAGCUAUGUGAAUAUGCUGCCGAGAACCUGUUGAGAAUCCCCAAGAUUUUGGAUAAUCUGGAGCAAAGAUGUUACAAGAAUUUGCGAAAUAAAAACUUUGGUUCAGUCAAAGUUGUCUGGUGCAUCUACAGGAAAAUGUUAUCAUCAUGUAAGGGCACAUGUAAGCCACUUUUCGCCAAUGAUUUGUUAGUUAUCAUUCAGACUCUCUUAGAACAAACUCGAACAGAUGGAAUGAGAAUCAUAGGUUUGGGAGAAUAUGAGCAACCUAUCUGCCUACGCUCAGCUGCAUUGCAAGCUCUGUCCUGCAUGGUGCAAUUCAUGGGUGAACACUCACAUCAUUCAAUGGAUUUUGACAAAAUGAGUAUUGUUUUCAUACUUUCACCUUUUCAACCGUUGACCAUCUAUACAAACGUUGACAUAAAGCGAUGCACAGAAUUUGGCAUCUUCUCACAGAAGUUUGGGUCUUCUGAUUCGCUAGAACUUUUAGCCACUAUUAUUUCCGUGACUUUUGAGAAUGUCUUGAAUUUUCCAAUUGAACACAACCAUGCCAAGGAAGAGAAGUGGCAUUCACAGUCUCUGGACCAGCAGAUUCUGGGACAUCAAAACGAAGACCGUCUUCCUUCUUUACCACAUACCAGUAGGACGGAUCAUUCAAUGUUGGAUACUGCUAAGGAUCCUACUUAUUGGUCAAAGGUUUACUUGUUUAACAUGGCCAAAUUGGCAACGGAAGCUACAACAGUGUGGCAUGUUCUUGAACCUCUUUUUUAUAAUUUUGAUGCCGAAAAUUACUGGUCUCCAGAAAAAGGAGUUGCUUUUUAUGUUUUAUUGCAUUUAAAAUCCCUUUUAGCAGAGUCAGGAGAUAAUUCCCAUCUUCUGUUUUCCUCUUUGAUCAAGCACUUGGAUCAUAAGAAUGUUGCCAAGCAACCUAUUCUGCAGAUUGAUGUAGUUAAUGUCACCACACAACUUGCGCAAAAUGUGAAGCCGCCAGCUUCAAUUGCAAUUAUCGGCACAAUAUCUUACCUCGUAAAACAUUUAAGGAAGUGCCAGCAAAGUUUAAUUCAAUCAUCUAACACUGAAAAUGAUGCAUGUAAGCGGAAAGCUAAUCUGCAGCACGCCUUACAAAUGUGCAUAUUACAACUCUCAAGUAAGGCUUUCCCUGAUGCUUUAUUUCAUCAAUUGCUCCAGUCAAUGACCCAUCCAGACCAUGAAAGAAGAGUCGGGGCACAUGGUAUCUUCUCUGUAGUGCUUAUGCUAUCCCUCUUUUCUACCCAACUAAACCAGAAAAGAAUGAUGCCGCAGAAUGUAAAGUACGAAAGCUUCUCCAUUGAGGAUGCAAGCCUCAUUGGAGGAGAACCUGAAACAAAGGCAAUGGAAGGGGACAAUAGGAAACAUGCAGUGGAUCUGUAUCCUGGUCGCAGCUUUACUUCUGCUCUCACUGAUGGAAAAGAGCUCAGUUCUAUUCGGUUGAGCAGUCACCGAGUGAGUCUCCUCCUUUCUUCAAUCUGGAUUCAAGCAAUAUCCAUGGAAAAUGGCUCUGCAAACUUUGAGGCUAUGGCCCACACUUAUAGCACUGCUCUAUUGUUUACUUGUUCUAAGACAUCCAAUUAUAUGGCUUUAGUAAGAUAUUUCCAACUGGCGUUUUCCAUCAGAAGCUUCUCUUUGGAUCAAGGAAGUUUACAACCAUCUCAGAUGGGGUCUUUGUUUACCUUGGGAACAAACAUGCUGAUUAUUUCUGCCAGGGCAGGCCAUUUUCCUGAUCUAGUUCCAGUGGUUAAAGCAUCUAUGACAGAGACUACUGCUGUUUGUUUAGAGUCAGAGAAGAUAGCUUAUGGAUCUCUGGAAGAUCAAGUUGCUGCUACGGAAUCACUUUCUGCAGCAGAAUUAGAUGACAAGAAGUUGAAAGACAUUGUGACAUCAAACUUAAUGACUAAAUUUGCUAAUUUGUCAGAGGAUGAGUUAUUUAGCUUAAAGAAGAGGGUUUUUUACCUGAUGAUGCAUAGCCAGUGGGAGCUCCUCUGUUUAUGGAGACACCAGGGCCAUACUUUCCUGUUGCUGAGAUUGAGUUUCAAGAUUUCAAUGUGGUUGUGACUCCAGUUGCUUUGACGGAUGAAGAGACUGGGCCUGAAUCAACUCAAAUUCAUUCAGAUCGUAAAACUUCAGUCUCUAGUAAUUAUCCUGAUGUUAAAAGUGUUAAUCAACUCUUGGAAUCGGUUUCGGAAACAGCCAAGCCAAUUGCAGAUUUACCCAUUUCCUCAACACCUGUACCUUGUGACCAGAUAAAGAACCAAUGAGAGGCACUUGGAAUGGGCACGAAUCAGAAAAUGUCAGUUCUUCAUAGUCUCAACCACGAAAAAGAAACAAAGGCAGUGAUUUUGUCAAGUGAAAAUGAAGUAGUAUUUCCCCCUUUGCCUACCAAGGUGCAUAAUUUUUCCAUAGGAGAUCUGAAGUUAGUCACCAAGGCCCUUUCCAGAGAAGGAACAAGUUUUCCAGUGUCUAUGUGACCACGAAGAGCAAAUAUUCUGUGAGGCUACCAAAUUCGAGCCCCUUUGAUAAAUUCUUGAGAGCGCUGGAUGCCAAUGGAUCGAGGUUGCCGUCGACACGCACAAACACCCACACGUGUCUAUCUACACGUACACGGAUAUGGCCUUUUUUCCUCUCUCUGAUGUCUCUUCUCAUUCCCAGUCUGGCUAUUUAUUCAUUCUUUGCACCGAUUAUAGAUGCCUCUUCUACAGACCGUCGCCCGCAUUGAUGCUCCAAGUGCCUGAAAUAGGCGGGAAAGUAUUUUAUUUUCCUUCUUCGGUGGGAGGUGACAUUCUCUUUAACUGCAGCCACAUUUUGUUGAACACUUCUGAAAGAAUUUUCAGUAUAUGUUUAUUAGUUUAUAUGCAGGGUCCAGUCCAGUCCAACAAUAAUAAUUUUAAGAUUUCGUACUCUAAAUAUUCUUCAAAAGCUAGAAACUCCUCAAGAGUAUCG